CGCAAAAUUCAUGUGUUUACGCAUUGACAGAAUGGAAAAUUAGUCUGCGAAGAAAAACGUUCUUAAUCGAUGUGCAUGUUGUGUGUGGCAACUUUGCGAUAUUUCGUUGUUAAUUAAUAUGCCGCGACGAGUCCAUUCCACGAUGAUGUUGGGCUAGCGCGGCAGUAAUUCUUUUAUCAUGAUAUCACUAUCGGUUUCACUGAGGCUCUGCAGAUAUACCAAAUGUUGCAACAAAAUUUUAACAACUUCAUACUCUGCGAGACCUGUGACGAAAGAAGAGCCUCUCCGGGAGCCACCAUGGAUAACAGUCUCGAGUGGCUCGAAGACCCCCCUGGAUAGAUCAAAAUUGAGUCCAGAGGAUUUAAUACCACCUGCCCAGGUUCUGGCGAAAAAACUUGACACCAGCAGUAUUCAAAAUGCCAAGAAUUUGGAGGGAGGGUGGAAAGAACUGGCACUAGACUCCACUAAAUUACACAAACACUGUUUAGCACUAUCGAAAAUCCGUCUGACAUCUCUAGUUGUAAUUACGACAAUGGGAGGAUAUGCCCUGGCCCCAGGUGCUUUUGACCCUCAGACAUUCGUCCUGUGUGCUCUAGGAACUGGUCUUGUGUCAGCCACCGCAAACUCCAUAAAUCAAUUUUUCGAAGUUCCAUUCGAUGCUCAAAUGUCGAGGACGAAGAAUCGAGUACUUGUACGGGGACAUGUCACACCUGCACAUGCCAUCGCCUUUGCAACGAUUUCCGGUAUCACUGGACUCUCGAUACUGUAUUUCACAGUCAAUGGAUUGACCGCCGCACUCGGCGCAGCCAACUUGGUGCUGUACACGCUUAUUUAUACACCAAUGAAACGAGUGUCGAUUCUCAACACGUGGGUUGGAUCCGUUGUUGGAGCAAUUCCACCUCUGAUGGGUUGGGCAGGCUGUGUUGGAGACAUUCUAGCGCCUGGGGCCUGGAUAAUGUCGGGAAUGCUGUACGCAUGGCAGUUUCCCCAUUUCAACGCACUCUCCUGGAACCUCAGACCUGACUACAGUCGAGCUGGGUACAGGAUGAUGGCUGUCACCAACCCGGGACUCUGCAGGAGGACUGCUCUGCGAUACACUAGUGUAUUAAUGGGACUCUCGUAUUUAUCACCCAUGUUGGAGGUCACUAAUUGGUGGUUCGCAGCUGCCUCUACUCCGCUCAAUGCAUAUUUCCUAUAUUUAGCCUGGCAGUUUAAUAAGAAAUCAGACAGUGCAAGUUCUCGAAAGCUGUUUCGUUUCUCCUUAAUUCACCUCCCAAUUUUAAUGCUCAUGAUGCUGUGCAGUAAGAAAUCUUGGGCCAGUGGAGCGAGCGAUGAAACGACGAGUCAGAAAAUUAGUGCAAAAGUUGCAGAUUUGUUUGAGACCUCAACGAGGCUGUUCUCGCCGACCUCAGCGUAGAUUAAUAGAUUUUUAAUUGUGUAAAAACAAACGUGUACAGUUCAUCACCCCCAUGUACAUAAAUCACCAUUGUGUAAUUAAGUUAUGAUGAAGAGUAAAUUAUCUCGUUAAAAUGAUA